AUGGCCAUUGAAGCUGAAGUAGUAGACUCCUCUCACUGGCACUGUGAAGAUACCUGUGGCCAACCAGGACCAUCAGGUCCCAAUGAUCCUGAAAAUAUUGCUGUUGGAUCAUGCCUGGAACUCAGAGUUUCAGAAACUCCAGGCCUGGGUAAGCGUGGAGACGUCCAGGAGUCUCAUGCCCUACAGCAGGUUACCGAGGCCAAAGAGGCGAGUGUGAGAGAGAGAAGGGAUGCAGCAGAGGACACAAAGGGAAAAUGCAAGCUGGACAUCAACUUAUUGGUGCUGCUGGAGCUGGAGAAGCUGAAAGAUGCCAUGUCUGCCCUCAGGAGCCAAAUGGAGGAUCAGAGGAGGACAGAGCAAGUAGCGUUUGGAGCCUCACUGGGACCUCGUGGACAUGUGGGUCCAUAUAACACCCACAUGACCCUGGUUUACAAGGACGUUUUUGCCAAUGUUGGGAAUGCCUACAACCCAGCAACAGGUAUCUUCACUGCACCAGUGAAAGGAGUCUACUACUUCAGCUUCUCUGGUCAUAAUCACUCCAGCAGGGCCAUGGGUCUCAAACUGAUGAAGAAUGACCAUCAGAUGGUGAUAGUGUACAAUCAUGCUGCAGGUAAUCGCAUGGAGACUGCAACCAAUGGGAUGAACCUGCAGCUAGAGAAGGGAGACCGUGUGUACAUGCAGCUGUACAUCCACACCUGGGUUUUUGAUAAUCACAAUGACCACACCACUUUCAUUGGCCAUUUGCUGUUUCCACUGUAA